UUUAAAUCUUGGAUGUCCUGCUACAUUUCUGCCCACAAACGAGUACCCUACAAUCAAGGGCUUUUUAUUUAUUUCUAAAAAAAAUAAUAAUAAUUUUACGACAUUUUACCACACAUUAUGGAAUGCUCCAGGUUGGGUUUCAUUUAUUUAUUUGGAUCAAAUGUUUAACUAUGCAUUGACGGCAUACAGACUUUUUUUUCGCAUAGAUGGUAUUUCUCGAUAUAAUUGUGCAGCCAUGUGAACACAUUUUACGCUUGCCGGUCAGGACAUUUCUCCGCGGUAAGAAUAAAUUUAAGGACAGCGCUUAAGGCGUAGCUUCUUUCGAAAGUGCUGCGAGGGGUAACCGCGAUAUAUUCGCUUGCAGUCAGAUCUGUCCACAAUGUAAAAAAGUCUGGGAUUCUUCACGGUACAAUUUUUCACGACAAAGUAGUUUGAAACAAGCGGCUUAAAGGUAGUCACUAGAUUAUCCAAAAGCGUGUACCCGUCCGUGACAGCGAGGGUUUGAGAGUAGAUCCUAACCAACCAGCAGGAGCGACACUGGUGUCACGGAAACUACUUUUCCAAGUGAUAUUGUUCUGCUUAACCUAGUGCUUUGUUAGCUACUGCUGCGUCCGGUUUUGUCGGAACAGAUAAGAGGCAGGUCUUUUCCCAUGGGAAGUAGACUAUUGUUUUUGCAGGAGUUUGCCGUCCAUACGCUGCUGCUGCCUUAUUUUGCUGUUUCCAUUUUGGAUAAAUAAUUGACACGUUGGCACUUAUGUUUUCUUAAUGCCGGUGGAUUACCAGAUUUCUUCAGAGGUUGUUGGAUUGAUUUUUCGGGAGCAACUGGCCAUGCAUGUUGGCGAGGAGCAGGCCCCCCAGGCAACCAGCGGGGUGCCCGAGGACGACAUGAAGGAGGGGGAUCUGGGGGAUGGGCUGGGGAGGAAGCCGGGGGGUCUGUACGACAGGAGGCGGGGCAGAGGGGUGGCCCCGGUGGUCCUGCCAUACGCGGGGCAGCCACACGCGGGGUCACCGAAGAAGGCCGGAGGGAACGGAAGUGUGGCCUUCUCAUGGAAGUCCUGCAGAGCCCUGUACACCACGUUCCACCGCGAGCUGGAGGCGGAGCGACCUCGCACUUCCUGGAGGUUGGGUAGUACAGAAUCCCUCAGUGAUCUCUCCUGUGAAGAGCUCAGGCAGAGACUACAGGAGGUCUCAGAGGAGGUAGAGCUUCUGCACUGUGAGCUGGAGGCCACCCAGCGCCACCUAGAGGGCAAGCAUGAAGCGCUGAAGAUCCUGCAGGGCCGAGCCAUGUUUGACCAAGCAACCACUCACACCAAAACACUGCUCCAGAAGAGCGAGGAGAGGAACAAGGCAUUGGAGAAGGAAGUGAACGCUCUGCAGUGGGAAAUCACCUUCAACCAGGUCCAGUUCAAGAACCUUGAGCGUUCCUGGAAGGAGAAGUACGAGAGGAUGUGCAAUGAGAACAAGGCUCUGAGUGACUCAGCGGAGGACAGACUGCGAGAGGUGCAGGAGCUGAAGUCGGAAAACGCCUCUCUUAGUCAGCGGUGUCUGGAGCUGGUUUCCAUGCUCAGUGUUCAGGAGAAGAAGGCCUUUCAGGAAUCACUGCCCCCCAGUUUCAACCUGGCCAGGGACGGUACUGCACCGGAGCUGGCUGUGUUGGGGGCGUGCCACUGCAGUGCCGGUGUGAGAGCCCAGUCUCCCUGUCCCUGUGCCAGGACGGCAGCAGCCAGCCGCAAACAGGUCCUGCAGCUCAAACAGGAGCUGGAGGUGCAGAUGAGGAGGAAAGAGGAGGCUCUCACAAUGGCGGAUGCGUUCCGCAUCGCCUUCGAGCAGCAGCUAAAGAGGAAGAACGACCACAUCAUGAGACUGGCCGAGGCGGAGGGGCACCUGUGGAAGGACACUUCCCCCACCAGGAGGGAAGAAGCAGCAGUGAAAGGGGGCUCGGUCAGUGUGGCUCAGAAACUGAAAGGCAUGCUACAGAACUGUGCCGAAGUCAAGAUGUCUGACGACCCUGCUGAGGUGCUACGCAACCUGCUCGAUCUGCUGAAUGACAAGGAGGAGGCCCUGGCGCACCAGAGAAAGGUGAGCUACAUGCUGGCCCGCCACUCGGAGGACCUGGAGCGCCGUCUGCUCCAGCUCAGGGGGCGGGACUGUGAGACAAGUUGCCAGGGGACGGUGAAGGAAGGCGGGGACAGUGGGGGUUCAGACAGCCCCGCCCCAAAACCCUCAGUGACCCAAGAGAACCCCUCUACAGACUUGGACAGCCCCGCCCUAAAACCCACUGAGACUCAAGGGAGCCCCUCUACAGACUUGGACGGCCCUGCCCCAAAACCCUUCGAGACUCAAGAGAACCCCUCUACAGACUUGGAUGGCCCUGCCCUAAAACCCUCAAAGACACAAGGAGGUGCCGAGGAGGACUCGAACACUGGGGUGCAGCGCCUGGCAAAGGGAAAGCCGUCCCAGGAGACUCCGCCCACUGCUAUGAGCAGGAGAGAAAGCCGAGGGAGCGGUGGUGCGCUCAAGGAUCGGGAGGGCCAGACAGCAGAAGAGGAAGAACAGAGGAGUGAACCGGGCUGAAAGCAGGUCUUUCUUCCUCUGCGAGUGAGGGGAGCACGAUCUGCCUCCCUCCGAGCUCUGAGCACACAGCACAGUGUAUGUUGUCGUGGCUUGUACCUCACGGCAGACAUCUACAGUGGGAGGAGUCAUUAGAAGACAGCUGGGAGCGAAUCGGCCCUGCUCCCGUUCUGUAUCUGGAAGAAGGUGGACGCUGAGCAGCCCCGAUGUAUCCAUAUAAUCCAGACUGCCAUGAAGCACUGUGUUCAUUUUUAUGGCCACACUUGAUGAUGUUGUCAUUUCUGUUGCUGUUGUCGUGUUAUUAUAAUAUGCUGUUUGCAUUUUUAAAACAGGGAUUCAUAUAUACCGCCAUUUCACAUUGAAGAACUUUAGUAUUAAGUGUGCGGACGGCAAGGACUGUUUGUUUGAUACUGUUGUGUGAGUCAACGUCUCCUUUGGUACCUCAGUCUACUCAGUCUUUACUUUUUUGAAAUAUGGAUUUCAAUAUUCAACUUCUGCCAGCUGGACUGAGAUUAAACUCCAAACUAAUUGAGCUUUUGUUAGUAACAAAAUAUUGGGGGCCAAAAAACAAGUUUCUUCAGACUAAUUGGGUUCUCCUUGGCUAUGGUGCUCUUAAGUGCAAAAUAUGUAACAUUUGAAAUGUGAAGUGUGAUCAUUCCUGAUGACUUCUUUAUACCUAGAGUAUUCUGCCAUACUCAACAAAAAAUGUUGUUUUCUCAUUUCUGUUUUUUGUCAUUUUGACAGGAGGUAACAAUUAUAGAUUGUGCCGAAUGCAUUGAGGCACAGCCAACUUCUGCUAAAUGCCUUAAAGUGUUUUGUCACAAGAGGGUUGAUACUGUGCUGUAUUCCUUUUUUAAACAUUUAUCUUACCUUUCAUCGCCCAUUUUAAAGGUCAAAGUAACUGAUUUUCUACCUGGUUUUGAAUUUAAAUAUCACAGAAUAUCUGGUCAUUGCUGUUAUUUUAGUCUUCAUUGAAAGUUCUGGACAAAGGAGAAUCCACAACAAUUCAUUUUAUUUAAAUUGCCUGAAAGUGUUUUGUUGCAAGAGGAUUGAUACUGUGCUGUAUUAGGCUAUAUUUUAAAAAGAAAUCAUGGAUUUACCUUUCAUCAUUUCAAUGGUCAAAUUAACUUUCUACCUGGAAAGGAGAAUCGAUAAGAAUGAAGUGUAAUUUUGGUUAAAAGACAAACUCUUCAAAUAAAACAACACUACUAUCAUAAAUGUAAUGCUUAUCUAAGUCAAUCAAUAAACCAUUUUUCAGCUUA